AUGGAUUAUAACUUGUCGAUUGAUGAGAUGACUGAGUGUGCCACGUGGCAAAAGUAUUGGAAUCUCAGUGAGACAAUUAAGGAGACAAAGACCUCCAACAUGUCAAACUCUGGAAAUGAGACUGAAGAAAUAGAUGAUUCCGAGAAGGAGCUGAAAGAAUUGGAGGGCCAACUCAAACAAACCGAAUUGGUCAAUUCGAAAUCGAGACUGAAAACUUUAGGAUUGAAUCCGGAGCUCUUAGUGGCUUACAAAGCCGUUGGACUAGUCUAUCGAGAAGUAUGCGGGAAUCACGGACGCACCCUUUGGUACCGUACUCGUGAGGAUGCAAACCUCAUCGGCGUCGACUCAUUCUCCCCAAUCUGCGAACCAUUCAAAGAACAACUAAAUCCAGAUGAAUCGACACUUUCUCAGUUGGCUUUGAAAUUGAAUGAACUCAUUCAAAAUGUGACGGAUGGCAAUUUGCCAGCGUUGAGGAGAGGAGGAAAUGGGAAUGAAUUCUCAUCUGGACUGCCUCCGGAAGAAUCCACCACAGAAUCCCCCACCACGACUACCGAAAAAUCUUCAGAAAUCGAAGUCUAUGAUGAUGAUGUCUGGGAUUACCGGGACAUGGAAAAACGCUUCAAAGUUCGCCACCGUACCGUAUUCGAUGAGAACAACGUCGAUGAUGAUGAAUCCUUCCACUUGGCAUCUGCUAGAAAGCGAAGACGUCAUGUGAUUCUGAAAACAAAGGUUAGAAUAGAUAGAAGACGUCGGAAGAGGGAGACAUCGGAAGAGGAGGAGGAAGGUGGGGAGAAGGAAACGAAGAUUCAACAAGAGAGUGAUGAGAAUGAGGAUGAUUGGUUGAAUGUGCGACAAGUAAUCAAAACCACUGACGGCGAGACUACGGUAGCAAUCAUCGAAGAACGUAGUCAUAUUCUCGAUGGGAAUUCCACAGAUGUUCGUGCCUGGAUUGAAAUCGAUGCUUCCGAUCUGAUCAACCCAACCCUCCUAAUCUCCUCUCCAGAAGCCGUCGCAGCUUUGGGUCUAGAAGUCGAUUCCACAGCGUUUCAAAGAUUCGAAAACGUUGGAUUAUAUCUACCAGGAAUCUGUUCAGAAUACGUCCCAAAAGCUAUUGAUGAGUUUAAUAGUAGUAGUUUUGAAGGAAUCGAAAUCGAGGGACCUAUUGGUGUCAAUAUAACCGCGCUGGAAUUGGCAGGAGUGAAUUUGACAAGUUUAGCUGAUAAGCUAAGAAAUGAUACGGAAGUUGAUGAAAUUUUAUCAAGGACCAAUGGAUCUGCAAAG